AUGAAGCUUUCGUCGCGACUAAUUCAACAAACAAUCACAGCCAUCGGCUGUGCAAACGGCAGUGGUGGAAAACAUCUCGGAUGCGAGAAUGCAGUGAACAUUUUACGAAACUCGAAAUUCCUGCCAGAAAUACGUGUUCCCGUCGAAUGGAAAGGCGUCGUUGAAGAAGUCCGGACUGGCCGACAUUUUUCGGCGCUCUCUGGCGUCACACAGACAUGCCGAAAACUAGCGUUUCAAACAAGAAAAGUCGUCGAGAAUAAGGAAAAUCUACUUGUACUUGGAGGAGACCACAGCUGUGCAAUUGGAACAUGGAGUGGAGUAGCCUCAGCGAUUCGACCGCACGGUGAUCUUGGCCUCGUCUGGGUCGAUGCACAUAUGGAUGCACAUACACCGUCAUCAUCACCAUCAGGAAAUCUACACGGAAUGCCAGUGGCGCAUCUUCUAGGUUUUGGUGAUAAGGAAUUGGUGCAAAUUGGUGAUCAAUUUCCAAAAAUUCUUCCCCAUAACAUGUGUAUGAUCGGUAUUCGAAGCUAUGAGAAGAAAGAACAGGAACUUCUCGAACAUCUCGGUGUUCGCAUCUUUUAUAUGGAUGAAAUAGAAAUACGUGGUAUUGCUGAGGUUAUGCAAGAAGCACUCUAUAUAGUGAACAGAAAUACUGUCGGAUUCGGAUUUUCUAUUGAUAUUGAUGGAUUCGAUGUAGCGGACGCACCAGCUGUCGGUACUCCAGCCGAAAAUGGUAUCAUUGCUAGUGAAUUUCUGCGGACAGUUCUUACACUGGAUCUUUCAAAACUUCUCGCUACGGAGAUUGCCGAAUUUUUACCACAGUUUGAUGAUCAACACAAAUCAAGUGAAAAAUUGGUUGUGAAUCUGAUGGAGGCGAUAUACCUCACCAAAUUCUUUCAACACAGCACUGCUGCAGCAUUGCAGGAACGAAUGCAAUCUAGUACAUAA